UGUAGUUCUUAUCAUUGUACUCGCAGUUGAGAUAAACGCAGCAACAAGCGACCCGCUUUACGACAACCUCAUCGCCCCAGUCGCUUCUUAAAUUAUUAGACUCGUGGCAGUGCCGCUAAAAAGUUAUUUUUUAGCUUACAAGUCACGCGUUGAUACGGUGGGUUUAGCAUGUUAGCGUCGCCGUCACGGACGUGCUUGUUGCGUAGCGACGCUAGUGGCGCGGAAGCAGUUAGCAUGUAGCAUCGAGGAGCUAACCGCUAACAAACUUUAAAGCCUGUUGCGCACAGCGAGCCUCACUUAGCGUUGGUUUCAUUCGCAAUGCGUUGCGUGCAAACGUAUACCCGAGUCGCUGGUUGUAUAAACGACGUUUGUUGUAGAUAAUAUGUUCAAAGUGUGGUGAAAGUUUAAGUUUGACAGCUGAUGCUAACGAAGUGAAUCACCGGAAAUACUUUAAGCCACUUCCGGAAACAUCUCUAACGUAAGUUAGCGCUUUAUAUCCUUGGUUACUAUAAUUCCCUUUAAACGGACUCCUAUCGAUAAAGGUAUGUAUUAAUUAGAUAUUUUUUUGUCAAAUGUAGUUGAUUACGCGUCCUCACCCUAUUCUAAGUCCACCCAUCCAUCCAUUUUUUACCGCUUGUCCCUUUUUGGGGUCGCUGGAGCCUAUCUCAGCUGCAUUCGGGCGGAAGGUGGGGUACACCCUGGACAAGUCGCCACCUCAUCACAGGGCCAACACAGAUAGACAGACAACAUUCACACUCACAUUCACACACUAGGGUCAAUUUAGUGUUGCCAAUCAUCCAUCCAUCCAUCCAUUUUCUACCGCUUAUUCCCUUCGGGGUCGCGGGGGGCGCUGGAGCCUAUCUCAGCUACAAUCGGGCGGAAGGCGGGGUACACCCUGGACAAGUGGCCACCUCAUCACAGGACCAACACAGAUAGACAGACAACAUUCACACUCACAUUCACACACUAGGGUCAAUUUAGUGUUGCCAAUCAAUGAAUUUUUAAUCCAAUAGGCCAGUGAACAUCAACCCCAAACGUCCCUUUUGGAAUGCAUUGCCCCUUUUAUUGUUGAACUUCCAUCUCUGCAGUCAUGUCGAUGAUAAUCAAUUCAUUGAUAUGUAAUGUCUCUGUUUGCAGGAAUAUUGUCAACAAGGCACUCUACAGUUUGGGCCUGUUCCACCAAUGCCAGAAGGACCUGGCCUCGUUGACGGUUUAAAGAAGGCGGGUCGGGUCUAACAACGUGGACUUCUAAAGCCAGCUACUGCAUCUACAAUACACAUCUGCAGUUGUCCUGGGACGCUCCCGCUUUCACAUCUUGGCCUCGGCAGAAUCGGGUUACGCCCGUCCGUCAGAUGGCGUUCUGCCUGGCUGAGCUGCACUUGUGGUCCACCAAGAGCUCACUCCACGUCAAAGAUACAGAUAUUGGCACGUAUCAGUACUACGAUAAAGGAGAGCCAGCCAAUCUGGAGCAUCACUAUUACAAUGAGAAACUGCAGUUCAGUGAAGCUCGAGGCUACUCGUGGACCCCCGCGAAUCGCCGACCGGAGAGGCUACGUGAUUCGCUGAAGGAGUUUGAGGAACUGUUGCAGACUAACACCUGCGUUCACACCAGAUGGAGGAGCAAGCAUUGCUGCCAGCUCAUACUGGGCAAUGGUGUACUGGUAACCUUGACCCUCAGCGGGCCCCAACUUGAGCAAGUGUGCAUCGACCGAGCGCUAGUGGGCCGACUGCCAGGCGACACCGUGACCGAUGCGGUGCUGAGCGACAGGCUGAUUCUGCUGUCCUUCCUAAAGCACAACCAAGUGGCUGCGGUCUUCCUCAACAGAAAGAACCAGGACUCCCAGGAGGCUGGCAGGGACACAGACAAACUCUCAGCCUCUGAAAUCAAGGUGAAAUGCGUGGAACUGUCAGGGUGGGCACCUGGCCUCCGCCACGGCGUGGCCCUCAACCGCCUGCACGAUGUGGGGCUCUGCUGGUCGAGGUGCAGCGAGCAAGAUGAGGAGCCGUGGCCCUGGACGCCUGCAGACGUGCACGGGAACAACCUGGUCCUCUUGAGCUGCUCGCCCGCUGACGGUCUACAGCUCCUCAGCUCUUCCCAGACAGAAGGCGACCUCCUAGACUGCAGCUUCAGUCAGCUGCAGCCCCACCAGCUGCUGACCGUAGAGGCACCUGCUGGACCCCAAGCAUCCAGGGAGGGGUCCUGGGCUAAGUCCUGUGUGUUUGAAUGUCUGCGAGCACGACUGCACCGCCUGUCUGUCAGCCGCAUCUCCCUGCCUUCCCAUCCCAUCUCCUGCUCACGUCACCCAGACGAAAGCACACUCCUCCUGGGCCUCGCCGAUUCCUCCCUGGUCCUCUACGAGCAAAGGCGAGGGGUCUUGCUUUCGUUCCCCGGCCCCGCUCCGCUCUCCCUCCUCGCCUGGCAUCCCGCUGGAGCUGUGGCCGUGGCGGGGGCGGCGCAAGGCGAGCUCAUGUGCUUUGAUGUGGGCCUGGCACCCCUCAGAAUAGCGCUGGUGGCAGAAGACGUGGCUCCGGCACCCACGCUACAACUGGCCCGACACCUGCGCUGCCCUGGGGGUCUGCAGAGGCUACAGUGGGCAACAGGUGGCGCUGAAGGAGCCGAUACGCUCAUGCUGGCCUUUCACGGAGGACCAUUAGCGGCCUUAAGAUUCCGACUGGGGGCCCUGACGGGGGGCCAGAUGGGCCCAGGGGUGCUUCUCCAGCAUCGGCUGUGUUGUGGCCAGGUCCGGGAAGCCCUCGGCAUCCUGGGGGCCAUGGACUGGAGCAUCAUGGGAGACGAGUGCUUCCGAGGCCUGAGCUCCAUCACCAACCACUUGCUGAGGCUCCCGCUGGACACACAGACUGAAGCACAACUCGAAGCUGCAUUUGGAGUGUUUUAUGCCCCUUCUGCGCCUCUGCCUGGUAACGUGACGUCGGACUACGAGAAGCUAAUCAGCCGCUACGCACGUCGCUUUUUCCACCACCUUCUCAGACAUCAGCGCUUUGAGAAGGCCUUCCUCCUUGCUGUAGAUUUACAGGCCAAAGAUCUUUUUAUGGAACCGACAUUUCAUCCAACCGCUGCUCUUUCUGAUGACCUCCAUUAUGUUGCCCGUGAUAAGGGUGAGAUGGUGCUAGCCGAGGUGGCUAAGAGGAAGGCCGGGGAAAUGGAGGCAAGGACCUUCGGAAGCGACGAUUCUGUGAGAGAAAGAAAUGGUGUGUUUGCUUCCAGCUUUGGCAACAAGGUCCAAAGUGCAACAGCAACAGGAUCUUCAUACCCCACCAAAACACUGGCCGACGGACGAGCCAAUCGGGCGGGAGCUCAGGCGCGGCGCGCACACGUGACCGUGAACCCAGACGUCCUGAGGACACUGAUACGAGCCGGAAGCAAAGAGGAUGACAGAGAUGAUGGCAGUGAGGAUGACGGCCUUGCGAUGCUUCGACUGCUUCAUCUUGGAACCGUUGGAUGACAACAACAAGCACAGCUAGGAGUCAUUAAUCAUCGUUGCUAUGGAUAAAAGUGGGCUUCCGAAGUUCAACAAGCUUCCAAAGAAGGAAAGAAAACUGAUGACGACGCAGCAUCAGGACCAAUUCCAAGGUGGCCAGUUGGUGAAGUUUGCUCCUUAGUAAUGGAGCGCAGCUUCAUCUCCAAGAGUUCACAGGUCACUUCACUUCACCUAACUCAUCCAGCCAUAUACGGUAGGCGCUGGGGCACAAGUCACUUCAUCUCAGUGACGUGAGCGCAACUCUAAGGAAACCACAGCUUUUACCUUUCAAAGGUGCCAUCCUAAAAAAAAAAAACAUUUGAUAUAUUUCCAUCCCUGACAGUGAAUGUUCCUCAAGGUGUGUGUGUGUUUGUGUGUGUGUGUGUCGAGCGAGAUUACGGGCCACAGUUUUAUUCAUGAAUAGGAGCCAAGCAGCGACUUUAAAGCGUGGCGCCGAGCCCCUUUCCUGAACAGCCGCCAUGCUCGUGUCAGAGCUGUCGACGCGGCGCGCUCAGCGGCUAAUCUGACAGCGCCGUGCGAGCCCUAAUCCCUCACUGUAUCCUAAUCUAUUUACUUUGCAUUCUAAGAGGAUUUCCAUCCCAAAAAAUAUACAAGAAGUGAUGUUGGAAAUGGACAGAAGAUCAGCGCGGAUGCUUUUCUGCUCUUUUUUAACCCCCCCUUGUUUGUUUUGUUAGCUUUCAGGAAAAGAAAAAAAUCAUUGUAUGUUUUCGGGGAGUCAAUCCCCUGCGAGAGGGACGUCUGAAAGGAAUUACAUUUGUGACUGAUACUAAUACUUCUCUUAUGUAAACAUCCAAAUGUGAUAUUUGGCUUGCCGCGAUGCCGUCACGCCGCUCGCUGCUGCUGCCGCUGCCUUCAUUCACUGCACUAAUUCACUGAGCAUCUCCUCAUUGUUGGACCUGACAGCUGCAACAUUGCUGAACAGCGGAGGACCAGCUCCUCUCUCGCUCUCGCACGUCAGCAGCAGCACACCAACAAAGGCCCACACUGUGGACUUCAUGACGUGCAAACACGCAACAAGGCCGAGUGCUCUCCGCAGCGCCCCUUGAAGCAGUUUGAAGUCAUAAAUAGUAAUGACUGUCAGCCUAUUAGUAGUGAAAUUAGGCACCGGCCUCGUUCAUCUUUGGAAAUGAAGGCAGCCUGCAGCACUUUUUUUUUCUUUUUUUUUUUUUUACAUGGACAACCUGUCUGUGGACCCACUUUUUUAGUCCCUGGCCACCUCUGCAAAAAGAAUUACCCCCUCAUGUCGACGUCAACAUUAGCACUGGGCCUCAGGGCUAAAAACCGUAUCACGAUAUAUCAGUCGAUGUUGAUAAUUAUUUUUUGAUAGAUCAUAAAAAUAUCAAUAAGAACCAAGAGAAAAAUAUGUUAAAUGUAGAGAUGUCCGAUAAUGCCUUUUUUGCCGAUAUUCCGAUAUUGUCCAACUCUUAAUUACCGAUUCCGAUAUCAACCGAUACCGAUAUAUACAGUCGUGAAAUUAACACAUUAUUAUGCCUAAUUUUCUUGGAUGCAUUAAACAAUGUAACAAGGUUUUCCAAAAUAAAUCAACUCAACUGCUAUAUUUAUUAUUGAAGUCACAAAGUGCAUUAUUUUUUUAAACAUGCCUCAAAACAGCAGCUUGGAAUUUGGGACAUGCUCUCCCUGAAAGAGCAU